CACGCUCUCCCUCCUCACCCUAAACCAUCUUCUCAACCCACAGCGUUCCCCUCCCUGGAGCUGAAGAGAAGACCUUCUGCUGGAGAGAGGGUUCAGGUUUGUGCACAAAGAGGGACCAAAAGUUCUGUAUGGAGAAGCAUGAUGACAGGACCUUUCUGACGUGAACCAGAUGGUUUUCUAAACACCCAGCUCUCCUCUUUUUGAAUGGACCAACCUGAGUGCCAUGAAGCGCACGCUUAUAUUCAGAGGAAUGUUGAUCUUGAUCUUUGCAACCUAAAAAAGUUCUAUGGAAGUGCAAAUAUGAUAAAAGAAUAAUACAGCCUGGACCUGAAUCAAGUCAGGACACCUCCCCUACUUGCAGGCACAGGGAGUUGGGAUGAUUUUCAGGGGAACAAGCAGGAGUCCUGCCCUCACUCCUCGCCUGUGAUGAUGAUGGACUUACCCAGCCAGCACUUGCCUGUGGAGGUCAGCUGAAGACGACGCCACACAGCUAAGUCUGGAUUAGCCGGCCGAACGAGUUUCAAUGCUCCUCCACGUUCUAAGAUGAAGUUAUGGAAAGGUGCUACUUUUGCCUUCAUGCUCUGUGGCGCAGCCCUGUCCAUCCUCCUCGUUAGAAACAUGGCCACUAUCGGACAGUUCAAACCAAAGACAAAAUACACAUCUUCAUCCUCAUCAAGACAGUCUUCAUCAUCGGAAUCACCUUCCAAAACCUCACUGCCAUCGCCCUCAUCCUCAUCAUCAUCAUCAUCGUCACCCUCCUCCUCAGCGGAAUCGAGGCCGAUGGGUGGUCUUCAUCGGAGCACCCGCUCAACAGACAACGUGAACUCUCUCCUCUCAGAGUUCUCCAUGAUGUUCCAGAGCUUCACAGAAGGCGAGUUACAGCAUGUGGUGGGGACCUUGCUCGACAGGAAGAGACAGAAGAGCCGGCGCCUGGGCAAGAGCCAGGCCCGAAGGACUAAAAGAGCCCGGAGGCCUAAGCCCUGCUCUGUGAGGGAGCUGGAGCUGACCGUGAGCGAACUGGGUCUCGGCUAUGAAAGCGAUGAGACGGUGCUGCUGCGCUAUUGCAGUGGCAAAUGCACGGCUCACCGGCGCAACUACGACAUCACCAUGGAGCACAUGAUGCGGACGGGCUUCAGGAAGAAGGGCCGCAAGGACAAGGUUAGCAACGGCCCCUGCUGCCGGCCGAUUGCAUUCGAGAAGGACUUUUCUUUCCUGGACAACAGGAGCCGCUAUCACACAAUACAGAAUAUUUCGGCGAAGAAUUGUGGGUGUGUAUGACCCAGAGAAAUGGACUUAUCAGUUCUUUAUGCUGCUCAAAUCCUCCGUUGGAAGAGUUUAACAUAGAUGCUGUUAAAAGACAAACUAUGUGGAAAAAAAAAACUCAAGGAGGAAGACUAGGAAUAUGUUUAUGGCUGCUCCACGGCGGCCUUUUUUGACAGACAGACUUUGAAUUCUUGGCGUCUGUCACCACAUGUUGGGAUCAAAUCACAUGGACAGCAAAUGCUGUGUUUGUUUGAGAUAGAGAAAAUGACUGUUAAUACCAAAACGUUUUUAUUAUGUUUUCUAUCUGUGUAGUAACACUGUAAACUGUGGUGUAACAACAAUGUAGCAACAUUAUGUUUGUGAUAUUACAUUUGAGUAGUAGUACAUGCUCAUGACGAUGACGAGCCACGGUGGAAUAGAUUAUUGCUGUUACUACACUUCAUAGCCAUGGACGUUAACUUCCAUAAGUCCAAGUCUUGUAGUUUACAUUAUUAUAAUGGUGACAGUAAAUCACCUCUUGGGCAAAAUGUGCUCAAAAAACCAAUUCAAAGCCAUAAAUAAAACAACAUAUAAAAUAUAUAAUGCACCAGUGUUUACUUUACAUUCUGUGCAGGACAGUUUGGACAGUUGACCUAAUUAUAAUCUGAUCUUGUGAUCAGCUGUCUCCGGAAGUUAUAAGUAUUGACUUAAAGGUGUGUUGAAUCUUUGUUAUCACAGGCCAUGACUUUGUGACCUGUUUCCCUGCGUGUAUGCAUUACUGUUACUGAUUGCAGUGUUAUUACACAGGUAAGAAAAACAAGUGUUAUUGAUAAGACGAUGAAAGAAAAUCCUUUUCUAUAGCUUCAGGAUUGAUACCCACCUUUAAUUAUUGUGAUUUGUAUCUUGAUGUUGUGUAGAUGAUUAACAAUGAGGCCCUGCUUCAAAACACAUAAAAACACGUGAGUAACGCAGUAGAACAAUAUGAAAUUUGAUCCCAUCUGCUCUCCAUAGAAUAAGUCAUCACACUCAAAGAAAUUGUCAUUUUAACUCUGUUUUUAUACUUUAUUUCCCAUACAACCCAUUAUUGUAAUUACCCAUAAUCCUCUGGAAUUAUUUUCCUCAAAGAAUUGCCAAAACACACCAAGUCAAUUCAACACACAGGAUGAAUUCACAAACUUAGACCCAUAAACAUGUCUCAUAUUCCAGGUGAUAAAACUUUUUUAAUAGUUUACACUCAGAUAUUUUAGGUAAUCUGAGGCUGAAGUGUGGAAGAGUCGGGAUCUGGAAUUGUGUUUGCACCCAUCCAUAAAACCCUGUAACUUACUAUGAUCCCAAACCCAGAGUACAGCCUUUUAUUGGCCCAUCAAAUGCCUCCUUGUUGUUUUGCCUGUUAGACUUUUAGGAAAAAAUAAGCUAUUUUAAAUGAAACAUGAAGCAUCUUUUUCACCUUCCAUAAUCUAUAUUUGGUUUGAACCCAUUGCAACUGUUUGCCUGAAGUACAAAUAAUUAUGUUUUUGUUUGUUUAUUUUUUCCUGAGGAGGUGCAGUGUGGGGCACGGAUGCGGUGCAUCUUUAUUGUAGUUUAUAUUGUAUUUAUUUGGGAAGUAAAUUAUGUUUUUUGCAUAUUUAUUUAGAUUACCACACAGAAACGGGACAGCUUAUUAUCAUUAAGCAACUGUGCCAAA